AUGGUGCGGUCGUAUGAGCGCCAUGAGCCGACGGCGGCCUACGCCCUCGUAUGCUCGAAUGCAGCCAAUGCUCUGCUCGAUGAGGACGGAAAAACAGCCUUUCUUCCAGCGCUCGAGGAUGUACUUGUUUGGGACAUGAAGCGCGGCGAGCAGUGCGGCAUGUGGCAUCAGAUCGGCUAUCGCGAAGGCGUCACGGCCAUCGCGCGUACGCCAUCUCGAGCAGGAGCACGCUUUGCUGUCGGAUAUGCGGAUGGAUCAAUUCGCCUGUGGGAUCCAGCCACUAGCUCCGUACUGCUCACGUUCCACGGUCACCAGCGGGCCAUUACGCAGCUGGCGUUUGACGCGCAGGGCAUGCUGCUCGUCAGUGGCAGCCAAGAUAACUGCAUUAUUGUGUGGGAUACAGUGGCCGAGUCUGGCCUGUACAAGCUCAAGGGUCACAGUGAUAUGAUCACGGGCUUAGUUUUCAUUCCUUACUCUGACGAUCAUGCUCACUAUCUGGCCUCUACUGCGAAGGAUGGCCUUUUAAAACUCUGGGAUCUAAAGAUCCAGCACUGUGUGGAGACGGCUGUGUCGGGUGACGAUCAGCUAUGGAGCCUGGCCGCCCGUUCCGAUAUGAACGACGAUCCGCUGUUGGUAACGGGCGGCUCGCAAGGCCAUGUGCGUCUGUGGACCGCCGAUACGGAGGUGCUACGCGGCGGCCUCCAUAACAAAGAACCAUCGGCGCCUUUCCUCGUCUCGCAUGGAAUGCUUGAGCUGCCCUCGAGCCACCGUGUGGCCCAGCUGGCUUGGUAUGGUUCCUUUGUCGCGGCAGCAGCCGGGGACCGCGCCGUGCAUGUCUACCGCCUUCGCACAGCGGAAGAAGCCCACAAGAAGCAGCAGCGCCGCCUGAAGCGUGCGCGUGAAAAGGGUGUCGAGGCGGCCGCGGAGACGGAGCUUAUAUCAUGGCUCAUGCGCCUCGAGCCGUACGUGGUGGUGCGUCCCACAAUUGGACGCGUACGCAGCUUUGCGUUUCCGCAGGGUGAGGCAUUUCGUACCGACGCGCCUGUGCCGCUGCUGUGCGCUCUAACGGCCAAUUCGGCGGAAGUCCACACGAUUCCGCCGCCGCCACGCAGCAAGUCGGAAAAGCAGGGUGCCCUGGAGGCACAGGUUUCGCAUGUGCUGGAGCUUCCGGGACACCGCAGUGAUGUGCGGGCGGUGGCCCUGUCGGGAGACGAUGCGCUUCUGGCGUCCGUGUGUGGUAGCGGGCAGCUCAAGAUAUGGAAUGUGCGAACGGGCCGUUGUGUGCGGACGUUGCCUGUCUCUGCUUUUGCGCUGUGUGUGACGUGGCUACCGGGUGACCGCUAUGUGUUGGUGGGCUGCAAGGACGGUACGCUUCACAGCUUUGAUAUUCCGGCCGGCCUGGCACUGGAGACGCUCGAGGCGCAUGCGGGUCCGGUCUGGAGCGUGGAUAUCCACCCGAAUGGGCUCAGCGCUGUGACGGGCAGUGCAGACAAGGAAGUCAAGUUUUGGGACUUUGAGAUGGUCCAGAGCGAAUCCGAGUCGCAGCUCUCGCUGGUGCAUGUGCGCACACUGAAGCUGACCGACGAUGUCCUUUGCACGCGAUUUUCGCCUGACGGUCGUAUGCUUGCCGUGUCGCUCUUGGACAACACGGUGAAGAUUUUCUACGCCGACUCGCUCAAGUUCUUCCUGAGUCUGUACGGGCACAAGCUACCUGUAUUGUCGCUUGACAUUUCGGGCGACUCGAAGCUGUGUGUGACGUGCAGUGCUGAUAAAAAUGUUAAGAUCUGGGGUCUGGACUUCGGCGACUGUCACCGCAGUCUCUUCGCUCAUGACGACUCGAUUAUGCAGGUGGCCUUUGAGCAUGGACUCCAGGGAGGCGGUUUGAUGGGCGGCAAGGAGGGUGCCUCGCACCGGUUCUGGACCGUCGGCAAGGAUGCCAAGGUCAAGUACUGGGAUGGUGACCGCUUUGUGCAUGUGCAGACAAUGGAGGGACACCAUGGUGAAGUGUGGGCGCUUGCUACCGGGCACCACGGGCGCCUGGUCGUGACGGCAGGCUCGGAUCGGAGCAUCCGCGUUUGGGAGAAAACGGACGAGCCACUGUUUCUUGAAGAGGAGCGCGAAAAAGAGCUCGAGAAGAUGUACGAGAGUGCUGCCCCCACACAGGCAGAGGUGUAUGAUACCCAGGCAGAAGCAGAGGCCGUGUCUAAGCCCACGACAGAGUCGCUCAUGGUUGGUGAGCGAGUGAUGGAAGCGCUCGAGACCGCAGACGCCGACUUGGAGCAGCGCGCACAAGCCCAGCGUACCGGCCAGGACCCCAACAGCAUACCCAUACACCCACUCAUCCAGGCGGCCUUUGGUGAGAUGGAUGAGCCCGAUACGCACAAGUAUGUGCUGCGGGUCCUGGAGAAGAUCCCACCCACUCAUUUGGAGGACGCGUUACUCGUGCUGCCGUUCGACCGCGUCGUGAGUCUCUUCCGCUAUAUCGAUGUGUGGGUGACCAAAGAGUGGAAUGUGUCGCUGGCCGCUCGUAUCCUAUUUUUCCUGAUGCGCACACACCACACGCAGAUUGUGGCCAACCGCGUGAUGCGAACCACGCUGGUGCAUUUGCGCUCCCAUGUCAAGGACGUACUGGGCAAGCAAAAAACACAGAUCGGCUUCAACUUGGCGGCUCUGCGGUACUUACAGCAGCAGCACAUUGCGCGCCGCACAACCGAGCUGUUUGAUAAGCCAGAAGUGAGCCUCGAUGAGCUCGACGAAGCUUCUGUGCGCCAGCGCAUUGAGGAGCAGGCCAAGCGCAAGCGCAAGUUGGUAGUGCGGUAA